AUGAUAAUAACUAAGGUACUUUAUUUAUCACAAUGCUUCGAUAAGCAACCAGCAGUCGCUAGAUUUUCUUGCAAAGUCAAUAUAAAGAUAGUCAUGCUUAAUUCUUGUACCAAUUCAGCGACGAAUGAUGACCAACCUGAGGAAAAGAGAUCUUUCGAUACAGUUCAGCCCACUCUGUCUAAUAUGGAAACACCUACAAUAGUUAUUCUAACACCAGCCGCCGAUGACCCUAUGUUUGCAGACUUUUGGCAAUUUAAUUUCAAUCAGUUAAGUUGCAAGUUUGCUGAAUUUGAUAUACGUGUCAUAGGAGCACCAUGGAUGACAACACCCUUAGCAUCUGAUCGAUCCCGUUCAUUUAUUUACAUCGCUAAUCUGGCAUGGGGUUACCACUAUCAACCCGACCGUUGGAAGGCAUGGCUUCGUGAUUGGCCCAAAGAUAUUAGCCUGAUCAAUUCACCAUCGUUACUUCUAUGGAAUACGCAAAAAACAUAUUUGCAACAUUUACAAAAAGCUGGAGUUCGAACGAUUCCUACAUUAUAUGUUGAACAUGUGAACGAAGAAGUAUUAAUCGAUGCAGCGAAACACUUCAAUGUAUCUGAUUUAAUUGUUAAGCAACAGAUAUCCGCAUGUAGUUUCAAUAUUUUACGUAUACUAGUUGGUAGUGAUGACUUUGCGUCUGCACCAAGAUCAAUGUGUCCUGCAGAAGCUGUUGCUGAACUCACACGUUUAGACGCUAUUCAUUCUCCAAUGAUGAUACAACCGUUUAUGCCCAGCAUUGUUCAGGAGGGUGAAAUAUCUGUAUUUAUGUUCAAUGGAAAAGUUAGUCAUGGCAUUAGAAGCAACACACAGCCCGACGAUUAUCGGGUACAAUUCGAACACGGUGGAGUGACAACUGCACAAAAAGAACUUUCAACUGAAAUGCUGGAACUGGCUCAUGCUGCCAUCAACGCUUGUCCCGAGCUACCUGUGUAUGCACGUAUCGAUAUGAUACGUGAUGUUUCAACAGGACUUUUCUGUAUCAUUGAAGUGGAACUCAUCGAACCCAAUCUCUUUUUAGAACAUGCGCCUGAUGGCGGUACAUCAUUUGCACGCGCUAUUUUACAUGCUAGUGGUUUAUUAAAUUACAAUGAGUAA